UUUUACUUUCAGAUCCCAGGAAGUUGAACUUUGCUCGAGCCGGCGACGUGUAAGGGGUGUCUUACGGAGAGGUCCGGGCCGCCUACAGCCGUACCACCCUGAACGCGCCCGAUCUCGUCUGAGAGAUCCAGGCCAGAGACACAGCAGGGGGCUCUGUCUGUGUGUUGUAGGGGUGAAGAUACUGUUUCCUGGCAGCAGGCCCUCUCUCUGCCUUGGGAAAUGCUUGAGAAUUUGCUCACAGCUGUCAAUCUUUGUCUCCUUUCACAUUCACCAGAAUCCACACCACAUCUCGGAAGAUCCAGGACAUAAGAAUUGUUGGCCGCUUCAUCUUCUGCCAUAGAUCUAACAUUGGAACUUCUCAGGAAAAGCUAUGGCCUCAGCCACUAGGGCCAAAAGGAUGAAAGAGAUGGCUACUUGCUCCAUCUGCCUGAACCUGAUGACAGAGCCAGUGAGCAUAAACUGUGGACACAGCUACUGCCGAACCUGCUUGGAGCAGUACCUUUCCCAGGUAUCCAGAAAUCAGGGGCAGGUGACGUUUGUCUGUCCUCUUUGUCGGGCCUCAUUUCAUAUAAACAGCAUGCGGUCCAACAAGCAGCUGGGAAAUCUGGUAGAGCUCAUCAAGGAGAUGGAGGACACAGAAGAUGAGCUGCAGGUAUGUGAGGCCCACGGAGAGCAGCUCCACCUCUUCUGUGAAGAUGACAACCAGCUCAUCUGCUGGCGCUGUGAGCGGGCACCGCAGCACCAAGGCCAUGCCACGGCACUGGUGGAGGAAGUGUGCCAGGGCUACAAGGAAAAGCUCCAGGAUGCUGUGACAAAAUUGAGUCAAUUUGAAGAAGAAUACAUGAAACAGAAAGCACUCAUGGAAAUACAAAUUGAUAAAUGGAAGGUUGAUACAGAAACUCGAAGACAAAGCAUCAAGUCUGACUUUAAGAAUCUCCAUGCGUUUCUAUAUAUGGAGGAGAAUUCAUAUCUCUGGAGGCUGGAGAAGGAAGAAGAGCAGACGCUGAGGAGACUGAGGGAGAGUGAGGACAACCUGCAGCAGAAGAGCGAUGAGCUCAAGAGCCACAUCCUGCAACUGGAGGCAAAAUGUCAGGGCUCAGCCCAGAACCUGCUGCAGGAUGUGAAAGAAACCUUGAGCAGGACUUGUGCUAUGAAGUUGGAAGCACCUGAAAUCUUUUGCUUGGAGAUUCAGACUGCAUGUGAUGUUGCUGAGCUUUACUUAGAUGUCAAGAGGAUAUUAAAACGUCAUCAAGUUGGUGUGACUCUGGAUCCAAAUACAGCACAUCCUGCCCUGACUCUGUCUAAGGAUCGGAGACAAGUGUCUCGGGGAUGCAGCCAGCAGAAUGCUGAAGUCUCUUCCAGGAGAUUUACUGCCUUCCCCUGCGUGCUAGGCUGUGAGGGCUUCAGCUCAGGAAGACAUUUCUUCGAAGUGGAUGUUGGAGAAGGAACAGCUUGGGAUGUGGGAGUCUGUAUGGAAAAUGUGGAGCGGGGCCCCAACAUGAAGCAGGCACCUGAGCUGGGAUUCUGGGCCGUCCGACGGUGCACACAGAAUGGCUAUGUAGCACUGACCUCUCCGCACACUGCCCUUGAGCUGCGUGAGCGCCCCCUGGUGGUGGGGGUUGCUCUGGACUAUGAGGCUGGAGCUGUGUCCUUCUACAACAUGACCUCUGGCUCCCACAUCUUCACCUUCCCCAAGGCUUCCUUCUCUGGUACUCUGCGGCCCUAUUUCCAGGUUUAUCAGUACUCACCUUUGUUCCUGCCUUCAUGCAGUGAAUAGACAAAGUAAAAUCUCCUUGUUUUAAACUGAUGGAAAAUUUUCUUCCCUACUAUUUUUUCAGUACCUAGCAUAGAGCUGGAUUUUUAGAAGAUAAGCAAUUGGUAUGGAUUAAUGGCUGUAAAGACUAUAAAAGUACCACAGAUGGUAUUCUGAUUGAAAGGAAAACAGGAUAAUAUGAUGAACUGACAUCCUCUGAUCUCUCUCCACUAGGUUCAGUUCUCUGAUUCCUGGUCAUUAUCAGUUGAUAACGUGGGUAACUCUGAGGCUAUUUGGACUAGAGUAUGGGGAAUGAAAGAAGUCACUCCAAGAAAGAGCAGGAAAAUCAAAAUAGCAGUGGCUUCCUCAAACAUGGACAUGUUGAUUAAUAAUAUUUAGUAAAAUCCUAGGAUCUGCUAGAUCUAAUGAGCUUCCCUUAGAAAUCACUAGUAUCAGAGAGAAGAGAAAAGCUCAAUUUACUGAAGAGAUGCUUUGAAUGGAACAUGGCAUGUGACUAAGUAAUUGAUUUUCAUAGGAGACUUAAUUCUGGAAAAGACAAAAAGUUGGCAUUUUCAAGAUUUUGCUCCAGCUACCUGUUUUGAAAUAUAUUUAAAUUUCAGUAAAUAGUAUUUGGUGGAAUAAUUAUCAGCAGUUCUUGUUAUGAUUCAGAUAUGGCAAACUAGUAUUUAACUCAAUAGUAGGUUUAUCAUGAAAACUGAAAUCAGUCAGUUUUAUGUGGUCUUAUGUAAAUGAGCUAAUGACAGAGCCAUAGUGAAGUCAGCAAAAAGACAAAUAACAUUAGGAUUGAUGACUAAACUCCGAAGUCACUAAAUAUUACAAUAAUUUGUUGCUGAUGUAAAAUUGAGGUUUGUGAAUAUUGUUGAAGUCCUCUGGUGGCAUCUCUGUCAGAACAGGAGUAAUGAAGCCAGAGAUGUUUCUAGAUGUCAGAGGUGUGCUAGGGCUUCCAUCUCUGCUCAAAGAGAUCUGCCUGCCAAGCUCGCAAUGUAAGACGUCUUUCUGGUCAAGCUGGUAGAGGCUAGGUUGUGAGUACCAGGUAAAGGGUCCCCUAAUAUGUUUCUCUGACAGAUACCACUUCAGCACUGGAUUAUUUUGAGCUGGAAACAACUGAGGAACAGAGAAUCAGUAAAAGCCCUAUCUCUCUCCUUCUCCCUUCCCUCUCCCCCUCCCGAUUUCCUUCUGCUCCUUCCCCUCUUCCUCCCCUCCUCCACUUCUCUUCCCCUCCCCUUCCCUCUCCCUAAAUAUAGGAGCUAAGUUUGUGAAGAUUUCCAACCUAAAAAAAGUACAGAUGUUAAUCACCAGAGUCCAGCUUGGCAUCAGGAUCAGAGGAAACUUCGUUACAAAUCUUAUAAAAAUAAAACAAGCUUCACCUACCAUUAGCUUCCUUAUAUAUUUGCUCUCCCACAAUUUAUCACCCAAGAAACAUAAAGUCUUUCUUUUUCCUUAUUACUUCGCCAAUAAUGUAUUUUCUUUUGUUAAAGUGCUCUGUAGUCCAACUUCUAGCCCAACUUCUCAUUGCUUAUCCCUUGAGUAUUCCCCUGUAUAUGUCUAAUGCACAUGUUAAUAAAUUCCUGUUUGUUGUUCUCUU